AUGACGGUAAUCCAAGCUGAAUCUUUGAACAAGCAAAAGCUUUCUGACGCCCUCAACGAGAUUCCAGCCGUGCUUGAUGAACAUACCGAGUCAUCAAUUGGUCGUGAUGAUACCGUCAAAAGCAACAGUGUCACGCCUUUCUUUCGAAUACAGCGAGCAAAACUUUUGCACGUUUUGAAGGGCGUAGUCGUGGCCACGAAGACAUCUGAAGAUAACGUGCGGCCCGUUGAACUUUGGAUCUCUUCUUAUGGCAUUCCUGGUCUGGAAACACUUUCUGAAGGCGUCAGACCCGGUGCCCUAUCAUUUCACGGGUGGCUAGAUGGAAUGAAAACCGCAAUAAUCGACAGUGAAGAUCAACGUCAGCUGAUGUUGCUGACUCUCGGUGUCACAUUCUUGCGAGAGAAGAGCCGGAAUACUCUCAGCCCCCCAAUGACUUCUUCGGAUCUCGCAAUCGUCUGGCGCCUGAUUCAUGCCUCGCUCACUUCUUUGCUGGUAAGGCAACCUUUCAGCAACGCCUAUCGUAGUGCACAGGGACUACUGGCCGUGCCACUCUGUAGCUUAAUGAAUGAUGGGAAUAUUGAAGAGCUCUUUCGACUGCACGUAUGGUUACCCGAUGGGCAACGCGGAAAUCCUGAUCUCGCAAUCCACUCCCAUCAGCCUUCUGCUCAAAGCUGGGUCUUGGCCGGACAAGCAACCGAUGUUUCUUAUCACGUUGAGUCCACUCAAGAUUCUGAGAGUGCUACUCAUGCGGAGUAUACGCUCGCUUGGAGCGACGGCAAGAACCCUGAAAAAAUCUACCGUACCACUCAAACCUACUCUGUCGCGAAAGAGACCUCGCGAUUGAUGAUUGCCAAGCCAUCAAAUACUGUAAUACACGCCCGGGAUGUGACCUAUAGUAUUCCUGCAGCGGCGUACCACGUAAGCGAAGUUGAACCUGAUGCUCUACAUGCCACGCUCUUUUAUUUCGAUUCUAGUCGCGGUUUCAAAAAAGAUGCUGGCGUCUUGGGGCCAAUCGGCGCCGAAAGCUUCACUCAGCUUCGAGAUCCUGGAGGUUCAACGCCAGGGCUACUGGCAAAUAAGGUUGAUAUAUUACGGUCGUGGGAGGAUCACAUGAGCGAAGGGCAUAGACAUGCUCGACGUGCCGAGCUAGAGCAGGCUUUGCGAUCUCUAAACAGCGCUCUCAACUUGAUAGAUAUCACUCCGGGAUUUCCGAACGCUACUCGGUACAGGCACCUUGUCUACGGAGAGCUUGCACAUAUCAACAGAGGUUUUGGCAGGUACGAGCAAGCCAAGGAUAUCCUAGAGAGGGCACUCUCUGAAAUGGGACCGAGUGUACAGCGUGUCGAAUUCAGUGGCGAGCUAGGUGUCGUGUAUCGGCACAUGGACCGCUUGGCAGACGCAAAGCGUGCAUUUCAGACACAGUACAAUGUUGCGAAGCAGCUCCACCACGAACAAGCAAUGUGCCGGGCGAUCGGCAAUCUGGGUAUGGUCAAUUAUCAGCUUUCCCAACAAACCCACGAUGCCAUGGUGCUUCAAUUGGCCACAGAUCAAUUAAAUGAGCGUGUUCGCAUUGCACGCCAAAUAAAAGACAAGCUCGCACUAGCAGCAAUGGACCCGACUACGUUGGCCCAACAAAGAACAUAUGCCAGGACUCGGGAGGUCAUAGGGCUUUCACGCUUAUCACUGUGCUAUGCUGCUCAAGGCAACAGGCACGACGCAAUCAAUGCAGCCCGUGACUCUCUCAAUGUAGCUCAAAGGUUGGACGAUUCGACAGUGAUAGCUAUGUCACGCUUCUUCUUCGGGCGAGCUUUAUUGCAAGACGGACGUGAGACAGAGGCCAUAGAACAAUUCAAUUUCCCUGGAGGCUGCACACCAGCUGUAGCGUUAUGUAGAGAGCCAUCGGAGGAGCAUCGCCAGUAUCUAUUGGAACUAGUCAGAGCUGGUGUAGACUUGGAGGUCGCUGAUGCUACGGGCAAUACCUGUUUAGACUACGCCGUGUUCAACAACGAUGCAGCGACUGUACAGAUCGUCAUUGAUAAUCUUCGCCGAACUCUUGGCAGGGCCAAAGAAGAUCAGAUCGCACAGCGAAUGAUGAAUUCAAGGCUCCGCAAAGGCUAUCGAGAGCUUUUCCAGGAAAAACUUCGUCCCACCCUCCUCAGCAAUGCCAAGGCAACUGAUACCUUAGCAAAACUGAGACGUGUAUAUGCCGACGCCCUGAGUGCAAGUGGUUAUCAGGAAGACUUAUUCGACACACUUCGAGUCUUAUCCUACUCAGCUCUCUGCGCUUUUGGCAGACUGCCCAGGUCAAGCGACGCUUUAGCUCACCCGAUUCGGCCCAGACUGAGCGACGCCUCCACGGGGUCUGACUUCGUGAUCUUUUUAUCAUACACAAGAAUAAAUCCUGGGCCUUUGACACCAGAUGAUGAAAACAACACACUGUAUCACCGAAUGCUCAAUGCAAUAGAGCAGUUUCUAGAUACGCAUCCCAAUGUUGACAAGAGAAGUUUGAGCAUCUGGAUUGUAUGUCUUCUCAACAUAUGUUGGUUGUAUAUCACUGACUUUUUCGUGAAGGAUCACGCUUGUGUCGACCAAGACGAUCCCAUGCGCGGCGUAUCAGCCUUGCCCAUGAUCAUCGCACAAUGCGAUGCCGUCAUCAGCUUAACAAAUGAUCGAUACUACACUCGCGCAUGGUGCUGUCUCGAAGCUAUGAUGGUACAAAAUUUGAGGAAAUCCUACGGACUGCAUCUUUGGUAUGAACAUACGCAAGAGAAAGACGGUGAGCUUUCAAGCUUGCGAGAAGGUCCACUAGAUCUACAGCUCUCUUCUAUUAACGCGAAAGAUUUGAGCUUUGAGUCAGACCGACCGAAGCUUUUGUUUCUGGAGAGGCAGAUGGGACUGUUAUGUUAA